CUCACUGAAAUUUUUGGACGUUUUCAGCACGAAAACACUUACUAAAACACUGUUACGACACUCAACGUGUGAAUUAUGGCCGUUGUCACCGUUGGAAAAAAGGCACUGGAUGUCAGCAAGUCACUAGAUGAGGAAGUUUUGAAGUUGGCUCCCAAGAAACGAGUAAAAGAGGUUCUUGAUGAAGACACCUUUGCAGAGGAUGUUGAAAAAAUCAUUCAGCGGGAUUAUUUCCCUGACUUGGCUAAGCUACAGGCCCAAUCUGAUUUCGUUGAAGCACAAGAAAAAAAUGAUAGAGAAAAAAUGAGAUCUUUGAUGAUCAAAUAUGGCCCAAAAAGACAAAGACCUGGCACUGACAAAUCAGUAUAUUUCACUCCGUCAACAUUUGAAACACCAGAAUUGGAUCUCCGUAAAUCUCCAACUAGCAAAUCUCAGCCUGAGGACAAUGAUAUUGAUAGUGCUCUGAAGAAGUCUGAUUUGGAGGAGACGCAUAACCCAGAAAAAGUACCCGAACGAGAUAAAGAUGACGAACGGGUCAGCAAAUCAUUGGAUGCGUAUUUGGCCAAGAAUACCAGUGAAGACAAUGCAUCGUUCGAAGAGAUUCUGCAAGAAAAUGCUCUUGCACAUCAAGCUAAACAUGGAUGGCUGUAUGAGCAAGAGAAAGAAAAGGACAUGGACCAGCAGGCAGCCCUAGCUUUACCAAGUAUUGAGCAGCAGGCUAUCACGACUGGAUCAAACCCUCUCAACUCGUGGAAGUACACUUCAAGGAAUGCUCUGAUGUAUGUUCCGGAUGGCGUGGAAAAAAGUGUUGUGGAGAAAAUCCAGGAACAAAAAGCCAAACGUCGAGAGAUCGUCCGACAAAACACAAGAUUUAAACAGAAUCCUUUCAACAUUGCCUUAAAUAAGACGAGCAUUGCGAGCGCUGCUGCAGCACAGGCUAUUGCCAGGCAGGGCAAGUUAGGCGUUGAUGGCAAGGAGGUAUUACCUGAUACCGAACCCAGGGUCAAUGGGUUUGGGUUUAUGGGUACCCCAUCUCCUGCUCCAGGUGUGGAUGCAUCGCCCUUAAUGACAUGGGGAGAGAUAGAUGGUACACCCUUCAGGCUCGACGGGACGGACUCGCCAGUUGUCCAUACUCCAGGCCCAACAUUUAGGAUACCAAAGAUACCAAAAAGAGACCAGAUUGCAUUUGAUUUAGCUGAGAAAGCCAGCAAGGCGCACAGAGCAAAGAAAGAACGUGCCAUAAAGACUGUUACUGCCGGGUUAGCAAGUCCUUCACCUAAAUUCGGCUCAGUUAGUUCAACAGAGCGCUUAAAAACUUUGUCGCCAGCGGCACAGAGACUAGCCAGUAGUAAACUUGGUAUUCGGACUCAUACAGACAAAGCCCUGAGGGCAAGUUACACUCCGUCUCCAACACACAGAUCUGGAGACAGGACACCCAGUUUAAAGGGGACGCCUACGCCUACGUCAUCUCGUUCGACGAGGACGCCAAGGAAUCUUGUGUCGCCAAAGACAACGCCUAAACGAACUUCAGAUCUUUCUUCAUUGACUGACAACUUGUUAAAUUUACCUACAAAGCAGGCAAAACGACAAAAGGCUGCAGACUUCUUCUAAUUUUGUAGAUUAUGCUAUCAAAGGAUUACAUCAACAAGAGAAGUCAACAUAAGUUGAACUGUGUUUGUUAACCGUGGCGUUUAUGUUGAUGAAAAGGACAAUAUUGUGUACCCCACUGCCGGGCAGACAACCCUUCAGUGAGAGUCCGCUUUACAAUACAUGUACAUAUACUAGAAAAUAGCAUGAAAUAACAUGGAAGGGAAAUAUCCUAUCACUUUUUUAUGUGCGGAAAUAAAUUAUUUGUUGGAAAAAUA